UUACAGAGGGGAAUGAAUGAAAGGUCCGAGGCACAGAUCGAACACAAGCUGGAAAAAAAGAGAAGAAAAAAGCGAUAGGCAGGUGAACAGACUCAGAGCGCUGAGAUUAGCGUUAGCGUGUGGGUCGAUACUGAGCCGCAGCAGCACAGAGCACUGCAGGGAGUCCCAGCCCAGCACCACAGCAGUCAACUCGCAUUAACUCACGCACAGCAAGUCAGCAUGGAGGGCCGGUCUGGACACUCUCUGCUGCCUCCGUCUCUGACCGCUCGGAUCCGCCGGUACUCGGACGCCAUGGCGCUGCCCGACUCCUUCAUCCAGAAGCAGCAGCUGGACGCCUCCAUGGCCGACACCUUCCUGGAGCACCUGUGCCUGCUGGACAUCGACCAGGAGCCAAUCAUAGCCCGCAACACUAGCAUCAUCUGCACCAUCGGUCCAGCGUCUCGGUCGGUGGUGAAGCUGAAGGAGAUGGUGAAGGCCGGCAUGAACAUCGCUCGCCUCAACUUUUCCCAUGGCUCACAUGAGUACCACGGCGAGACGAUACAGAACAUCCGUGAGGCCGUGGAGUCGAUGACCACGGACCCCCUCUACUACCGACCCGUGGCCAUCGCCUUGGACACCAAGGGCCCAGAGAUCCGCACGGGGCUCGUGCGAGGGCGAGCAGAAGAGGAGGUGGAGCUGGUGCGAGGAGCAACGGUUCGUGUGGUAACCAAGGAAACGGAGCAUGACAAGACAGACGGUUCGGUGAUCUGGGUAGACUAUCCCAGCCUGCCCAAAGUCAUCAAGAGGGGAGGGAGGAUCUACAUUGACGAUGGGCUCAUCGCUCUCAAAGCACUGGAGAUAGGUGAGGACUGGGUGGAGACGCGCGUGGAGAACGGCGGCACGUUGGGCAGCAGGAAGGGUGUGAACCUGCCGGGGGCGGAGCUUAUCCAGCUGCCGGCGGUGAGCGAGCGCGACCGCGCUGACCUGCAGUUCGGGGUGCAGCAGGGCGUGGACAUGGUGUUCGCCUCCUUCAUCCGCUCCGCCAACGACGUGCGCGCCGUGAGAGACGCCCUCGGACCCAAGGGCAAGAACAUCAAGAUCAUCAGCAAAGUGGAGAGCCGGCAGGGAGUCCAGAAUUUUGAGGAGAUUCUGAAAGAGACUGAUGGGGUGAUGGUUGCCCGCGGCGACCUUGGCAUUGAGAUCCCUGCAGAGAAAGUCUUCAUCGCCCAGAAGAUGAUGAUUGGACGCUGCAACUCGGCAGGGAAGCCCGUCAUUUGUGCCACACAGAUGCUGGAGAGCAUGGUGUCCCACGCGAGGCCCACGCGCGCGGAGAGCAGUGAUGUGGCGAACGCCGUGCUGGACGGAGCCGACUGCGUCAUGCUGUCCGGCGAGACCGCCAAGGGACACUUCCCCGUGGAGGCAGUGGCCAUGAUGCACUCGAUCUGCAGGGAGGCGGAGGCGGCCAUCUUCCACCAGCAGCUGUUUGAGGAGCUGCGUCGGUUGACCCCGCUGUCGUCUGACCCAACGGAGGUGACGGCCAUCGGCGCGGUGGAGUCCUCCUUCAAGUGCUGCGCCGGCGCCAUCAUCGUCCUCACCACCACCGGCAGGUCGGCCCAGUUGCUGUCCCGGUACCGGCCGCGGUGCCCGAUCAUCAUGGUGACGCGUAACGCCCAAGUGGCACGCCAGUCUCAGCUGCUGAGGGGCGUGUUUCCUGCCCUCUUCCGCCCCGACAUGGGCCCCGUCUGGGCAGAGGACGUGGACCUACGCGUCACUUUUGGCACGGACAUUGGUAAAGCACGUGGCUUCUUUAAGCCGGGGGACAUGGUGAUUAUUGUGACCGGCUGGAGCCCAGGCUCAGGACACACCAACAUCAUGCGUGCGGUCACUGUGCAGUGACCUGGAGAGGACCUGAUGGAGACCUACAUAAGCGAGACCUUAGCCAGACCUAACCGAGACCGCAGUGAGACCUGACCCAGAUCUUAGUGAGACCUAACUGAGGCUUUAGUGAGACCUGACCCAGAUCUUAGUGAGACCUAACCGAGACUUUAGUGAGACCUGACCCAGAUCUUAGUGAGACCUAACUGAGGCUUUAGUGAGACCUGACCGAGACUUAAACGAAGAUAUGACUGUAACUUUAGACAGUCAGUGAACCAUAGCAGAGACCUGACUGAGAUUUCACAUCUAAAUUGUGGAGAGACGUGACUGAGACUUGAUUGAGACGUGACUGAGACUGGAUAGAGACGUGACAGAGACUUGAUUGAGACGUGACUGAGACUUGAUUGAGACGUGACUGUGAUCAGACUGACAACACUCUAUUCACUCGCUGCCAUGAGGGAGACGACUCGUCAGCCAAUAGGAAGGCGUCUGCUCUGUGAUUGUACACAUGAUGACUCACUGUCUAGCUAUCUUCUCAUUAGUCUAUUGUUUACUGCCAUGCAUAAAUAAAUAAACAAACGUCUUAGCUUUUCAUCA